AUGUGGGUGGCCCUAUUUCUAGGCAUUGUGUUACCGUAUUUUGCGAGCGCUCAGCAGGUGAAUGUGACAAUUUUCACCGAAUCCCAAUGUCCCUACUGCACAAAAUUGCUACGUGAACAGAUUUGGCCCUUCUAUGUGACGAAACCGGGAAUUAUGAAUUUGCAGAUCGUUUCUUUCGGAAAGGGUGAUUGCACCUAUGAUGCGAAUCGAAAUUUCCAUUGUUCUUGCAUGCACGGACAAACUGAAUGCGACUUGAAUAGACUUCAAAAUUGUGCAAUGUCGUAUUUCCCACGUCGUCAUUUGGGAUUAGUGACAUGUAUCCAGGGAUUGAAAACAUUGAGAGAGGCUUUCUCGCGCUGUCUCAGCAGACUUUCGGCAAGAACACAAAGAAAAUUGAUUGAGUGCGCUACAACUCAAACAGGAGAACUACUCAGCUAUUAUUCGAUGGUGAACACGCAUAGAGCUGGAGUGAAGCUUUGGCCGACAAUGUAUGUGAAUGGAGUUUUCUUCGAUAGAUCAUACCCCGUUGACCAAAAAUUAUGCGAAAACACAGACUGGUGC